AUGCUUUUUGCUUCAAUGUUGGCAGGGUCAUGUUUGGCCAACAGGGAUUGGAGAUUCGGAUUUAACUACACAGAUUGGCGUCUCAAACAUCGUGGGUGGUGGUAUCGUCAUCACCACCCAAACAAGACACAAGAAGCACUUCCUAACAAGAUUGUUGUGGGUGGCUCCGAAAACUGGCGCUUCAACUUCAGCUACACUGACUGGGCUUUCAAGCACGGCCCUUUUUACCUCAAUGACACCCUUGUUUUCAAAUACAACCUACCAGUUGAUAGCAACUCGCAUCCGCAUAACAUAUACUUGCUGCCGGACUUUAAGAGCUUCGUGAACUGCAAUUUCAGCAACGCCAAGCAGAUCGCCAACGGCGUGCAAGGCACCGGUGAGGGUUUCGAGUUUGUGCUGGACAAGUGGCAGCCUUACUACUUUGCUUGUGGUGCAGGCAAUGGCUUCCAUUGCAGUGUUGGACGUAUGAAGUUCUCCGUCUUGCCAAUGCUCCGCGCCUGGCGCACAUAA